AUGCAGUCUUUUUUCAGUAAUGUUUUCAUUUUGGGAAUUAUACUUAUAAUAUCUCUUCUGCUGCUGGACUUCAUAAAACGCAGGAAGACAUGGGCUCGCUUCCCCCCAGGACCUCCUUCAAAGCCAUUUGUGGGUAAUAUGCUGCAGGUAGACUUCAAAAAUCCUCACAUCGCAUUCUGCAAGCUGACUAAAAAAUAUGGAGAUGUCUAUAGUCUGCAGUUUUUCUGGAAAAAGCUUGUGGUACUCAAUGGAUUUGAGGUUAUGAAGGAAGCUCUGUUCAAAAAGUCAGAGGACAUAGCUGAUCGGCCCAGAUUCCCAAUAAGCGAGAAAGCUGGAUUUACUGGUAAAGAACAAGGUGUGGUCAUAGCCAAAUAUGGCGUACCAUGGAGAGAACACAGGAGAUUCUCAUUGUCCACUCUCAGGGACUUUGGGAUGGGGAAAAAGUCUCUUGAGCAAAGAGUAACUGAAGAAGCUGGAUUUCUGUGUUCUAGAUUCCAAGAAGAAAAAGGCUGUGCCUUUGAUCCACAAUACCUUAUAAAUAAUGCUGUAAGCAAUGUGAUUUGCUCCAUAGCAUUCGGUGACCGCUUUGAAUACAGUGAUGCCAAAUUCCAAGAACUGCUCAGUAUCUUUGAAGAAGGUUUAAAGUCUCAAACAGGACUUCUCGUACAGGUUUUACAAGAGAUUCCAUUUUUAAUGAAAAUUCCCUGGUUGGUUAAUGACAUUCUGGCACCACAACAAAGACUACAUAAGUUUUUAAAGGACAUUAUUUCAAAGCAUCAGAAAACAUUUGAUCCAAAUUGCAUUAGAGAUUUUAUAGAUGCGUACCUGCUUGAAAUGAAAAAGGUGAAAGAAAACAAUGAGAGCGGCUUUAAUGAAACAAAUUUACUAUUGACAACGACUGAUUUAUUUGGAGCCGGGACAGAAACCACAUCAACCACUCUCAGAUGGGGAAUCUUGUUCAUGAUGUUGCAUCCAGAAGUCCAAUCGAAGGUCCAUGAGGAAAUUGACAAAGUGAUUGGAAGAGAAAGGAAGCCUAUGAUGGGGGACUUAUUAGAAAUGCCAUACACAAAUGCAGUGAUUCAUGAAAUCCAACGUUGCGGGGACAUUGUACCUUUGCCUUUCCCACAUAUGGCUUACAGGGACACUGAGAUACAGGGAUAUUUUAUACCCAAGGGUACCACUGUCAUUACCAACCUGUCGUCUGUGCUGAAGGAUGAAAAAGUGUGGAAGAAACCAUAUCAGUUUUACCCCGAGCAUUUCCUGGAUGACAAUGGCAAGUUUGUGAAACAAGAAGCAUUCAUGGCAUUUUCUGCAGGUCGAAGAGCCUGCUUGGGUGAAAGACUUGCAAGAAUGGAACUUUUUCUUUUCUUCACAACACUUAUGCAACAGUUUAAAUUUGAGAUACCCAAUGACCAACCUCGCCCAAGAGUGGAUGGACAAUUUCAACUUACACUUAGUCCGCAUCCCUAUAAAAUGUGUGCUGCUGACUGUCGGAAUCAGUGGUCCAUGAGCAGACCUCUCCUUGGUCUCAUUCUCCUCAAUGAUAAGUAUUUCUCAGACUUACGGAGUAGCAUUGUUGUUAGUUGCCAGCCCCCUCUGACAAGCAACAAGCCUUGCGUCUACGGUUUGAGAAUUCGAAUGGAGGGCAUUGAAAAGGAACUGACUCACAAAAGAAUCGAGACAGGUUCACACAGAAUCUUUCUGCAUUCAGACGAGAAGUGA